GCGAUGCGCAGGAUCAUGCACCGAUGCCAAGACCGAUGACCCACUUGUCCCAUCCGAGCGCGACUUGACUCCAUCCAUCUCGAAGAGACGUCCCCCCAUGGUGAGGACCGAAGAGUACUUCCGACUCAACACACUCCAACGCCAUCGACGCGUAUCUGCCACUCCUCCUACGACGGCCUCUGCUAUGACUUUACUCAGCAUUCGGUAGACCGAAUGGAAAUUCCCGCGCAGAAACCCCCUCCCAUACGAAACUGCGCAUCCUAGUCGAUCACCUCAACGAACACGCGCGCCGCUUUGGGUAAAUACCAGUGCGAUGGCGCCUGUGAGCGGUGCACCACGGAGAGGCCGACCGAGAAAAGAAGCCGCGAAGCCACCGCAAAUAUUCUCAGACCUAGACCCUGAAGAAUACGCAGCCUUUGCGGACGAGGAGCCACCCUCGAAACGCAUGCGAACCUCGCGGAGAGCGCAACAACCGUCCAAAUGGGUUCCAGGCGGACCUGGUGGUGGAGGUAGACACGUGGACAAUGGGAGCACUCCUUCCAGUACAAGAUUAUCACGCGCAGCGGACGAAUACUCAGUGCCCCGUACCCGCCCCAGACAGAGCCAAGAUCGGAGGAAGACAUUAACGACCACGCCUCGAUUCUCGGCCAGGAGCAGGACUCGUGGUGGUGCACGGCCUCGAUACAGCACUGCUGCGGCGGCCUCGGCGGCAGUAACGCAUGCUGAUGGGUAUAAACCUCGAGAAGAGAGAGGCUGGGAAGAGUUUCACGCCGAUCUAGAUCUCGAGUCAGACUUCGCGGUUGUCACGGCGGAAGAGGUGGACGGCGUGGUAAAGUCGAAAAUAGUCGACGGUACUCCGGCGUCAGAAGGUGUGGCAGUCCCUCCUAUUGCUGUGACACCACCGAAGCGAAGACCAGGAAGACCUCACCGCACCCAUAACUCCAUGGUCAAUGCGCUUCUGACACCUGAAGCACCCAAAUUCGUCCCGAUACCUGGUCCCAACCCUCGAGAACGACUCACCUUGCCGAGACCGUCAUAUCGAGAACUCGACCCGUUCUUGUCGUAUGAACAGAAGGACAUCGCGCAGGUGGAUUUUGUGGACAAGUCUAUGGCUAAUGUCGGGUACCAAGAGAGUGAAGUAUUCCUGCGGCCAGAGCGGACGUUGAUCAGACAGACCGAAGGUUCUGCAGAAGAAGAUCUUGACUUGAGCCCGGAUCUCAUCACUAAUGGAGAGAACUCAGCCAUUGGUGGCAGCGGUGUUGGACGUGUGGAAUACGAUAUGGACGAGCAGGAUGUGAAGUGGCUUGAGGCCUUCAACAAAGGGCGCAGUAAAGACGGAGUGCAGACCAUAAAGCCAGCAAUCUUCGAAAUCACCAUGACGAAGGUCGAGAAAGAGUGGCACGCUCUGGAGAAAAGGAUACCCAAGCCGAACCCGAAAGCGCCACAGACGCAGAGACCACGAUCUAGCUCUGCCGCAGCUGUCAAUGGUGAACCUGCUGGGGAAGAACCUGACAGCAAAUGUGCGAUAUGUGAUGAUGGCGAUUGUGAGAAUGCAAAUGCUAUUGUGUUCUGUGACGGCUGCGACCUCGCCGUCCACCAAGAGUGCUAUGGCGUACCAUACAUUCCUGAAGGACAGUGGUUGUGCCGAAAAUGUCAGCUAGUUGGUAAUUCACGACCAAGCUGUAUUUUCUGCCCAAACGAGGGAGGCGCAUUCAAGCAAACCAACAACUCGAAAUGGGCACACCUUUUCUGCGCAAGCUGGAUUCCGGAAGUCACAAUUGGCAAUCCCUCUCUUAUGGAACCUAUCACCGACGUUGAAAAGGUCCCACCGAGCAGAUGGAAGCUCCUUUGUUACAUUUGCAAGCAGGAGAUGGGAGCAAGCAUUCAGUGCAGCGACGGUCGCUGCUACGAACCGUUCCAUUUGACUUGUGCACGCCAAGCAGGUCUCUAUUUGCGUAUGAAGACAGGUGGUGGUCAGAACACCCUCAUGGAGCCGUCCCAGCUUAGGGCUUUCUGCCACAAACACUCGCCUGCAGACUGGAAGCACGAGCACCAUACUGACAAAGCAUUCGAAGAGGCCACAAAAUACUUCAAAGAACACUUCCGAGGCCAGAUCUGGGCUGAUAGUCGCGCAUCUGCACUCGCUAUCAACGAAGUGCACGAUACUCCUAGCACUGAGAGGGGUCCGUUGAAGGUCACACUCACCAAUAAGAAAGGCCAAAAGCCGAAAACGAUAUGGCGUUUGCCAUCUGGAGCUCCAGUCAUCCCCGAGGUCAUUCUUAAAUCUAUCGAAGACGCUCUUGUGAGGUUCACCGUGCAAAGGAAGAAGGAAUACGUUUCGGAAAUCUGCAAAUACUGGACGCUGAAACGUGAAGCGCGGAGAGGUGCCGCAUUACUGAAACGGCUGCAACUGCAGAUGGACACCUUCAGCUCUUUCGAGGUCACUCGCAGGGAUUACAAAGCCCAGGGUGCUGCUGGUAGGGCGAGAUUGGACCGUCGCAUCGAGUUCGCUGAGAAGCUGUCCAAAGACAUGAGUCGAAUUGUACAAAUUUGCGAACUGAUCAAAGAACGCGAAGCAUUGAAGUUGCAGGAGGCUGCCCUGAUGAAGGAUGUUGUUGACACAAUUUACUUUCCCAUACCGCAUCUGCUUGAGCCGAUUGUGGACAAAGCCCUCAAGCUUGAUCGUGGACUGUUCCGCAAUGAACUUCUGGAACUUCGUGCCCGAGUAUCACGCAAGGAACACACUUCGGUUGCAAGUUUUUCGAACGAUGUUUUGCAAGUCAUCAACUCGCAAUUCGGGAACACUGCGGCAAACCUUUCGGAGUUGAUAUCUCUUGUCAGUGGUAGAGCCGAAGAUAUGAAGCAGGAGGAUCGUGAUCGGCGUACGUUGGCAAGACGAGUUGUCAAAGCCAUCGAGCCACUCAUCGAAGACGCAGCCCGGAAGGAAGCAGAACUGCAUGGACGUCCUUAUGCUCAGCAGAUCCGAGAGAUGGACGAAGCGCUCCUCUCGCGACGCGGGUCAGUUGCCGAGUCUGUCGACACUCGGGUUUUCGAGUCGGUGGAGGCCAAGCAAGAGACAGAUAUGGCAAGCCCAGGCGAUGGCGAUGUCGUGAUGACUGAUGUGCCAAAUGAAAGCCUCGAAAAGUCUCCUCGAUCUGAGCUGAACGGAGAAAACCAGGCAAUGGCAGACAAGGUCGGAGUUACCAAGCCGGAUGGCCUUCGUAUAGAAGCAGAGUUGGUGACUUUCGACACCCCACCAGCGUCUACCAACGGCUUCAAACACGAGCAACAGGUUAAUGGAGAAGUUCAGUCGGAUCAAGUCCCGCAAGUGGAGCCACCUACACCGCCAAUGAGCCUUGAGGGUCAUUCACAGAAUACGCCAUCCGAAGGCGGCAUUCCGUGGUAUGUUGCCCCCUUCGAUCCCGAUGGUUUGACAAUUUAUGAAGAGAGGUGGACGGGCCCUGAGGUUCUUCGAGAUAUGAGUGAGGAGCUCAGCGAGAUGGACGAAGACGAACUGCAAGAACUCGGUCCAGGUGAUGACCUGGUUGAAGAUGUCGACGGCAUCUCGAAGGAGAAAGGUCUCGAUUCCGCCCCUGCAAAGUCCAAUACCCAGAAGAAGGUGCCCAGGAGAUUUAGCAAACGUGGUCGCGGCUCUAAUUGGGGCACAAGAUCCUUCCGGGUCCGACGGUGAGACGUUGAUAUUGGAUUGUAUGAGAAUGUGUUCUUAAUCCAAGAUAGCCACGGAGUACAUCCUUACUUGAUACGAUAGCAUUGGACGCGAAGGCUUUCAAGUCCUCAAUGUUAUAGCCAACAGAUAGCCCAUCACGCGGAUACAUCUGAUGCCACGGACAGGUUCACGAGUGCUACAAUAAUACGGUACUCCACCCAGGUCAUAUUCCCCUAUGGAACGUGAUUGCAUUAGCAACCCCGCCCAGCUGUUGAGUGCUAGCCUGAUGGAUGGGGCA